AUGGAAAACCAGAGAAACGUCUCAGAAUUCAUUCUUCUAGGACUUUCUUAUGACAAAAACGCUGGAAUAUUUUGCUUUGUGUUCUUCUUACUCUGUUACAUUGCCCUAUUGGCAGGAAACCUUCUGAUCCUUGUCUCUAUUAGAUGCAGUCCUCUUUUUGACCAACCAAUGUACUAUUUCCUCAUUCACUUGUCAAUCAUGGACAUCUGCUAUACCUCAUCUGUUACGCCCAAGUUAAUUGGUGACCUGCUGGUGGAAAAAAAGACCAUCUCCUAUGGCAGCUGCAUGUUGCAGGUCUUUGCCUUGCACUUGUGUGGAGGUGUUGAAGUCUUCAUUCUUACCUCAAUGGCUUAUGAUCGUUAUGUUGCCAUCUGCAAACCUCUCCACUACAUGAUUAUCAUGAACAGGACAAGAUGCAAUCUCCUGGUCUUAGGUGCUUGGGUUGGUGGAGCUGUCCAUGCCUUUCCUCUCUUUAUUAUGGCAGUCAUUUUGCCCUUCUGUGGUCCUAAUGAAAUUGAUCACUAUUUUUGUGAUGUUUUUCCUCUGUUAAAAGUUGCUUGUACUGACACCUACCUCACUGGUAUCAUAGUGAUUACAUUUUCAGGUUUCAUGUCCUUAGUUACAUCUGUUAUUUUAUUUCUUUCUUAUGGCAUUAUAUUAUACACUCUAAGAAAUCAGUCUGCUGAGGGAAGACGUAAGGCUCUCUCAACCUGUUGGUCUCAUAUCACUGUGGUCAUCUUAUUCUUUGCACCUAUACUCUUUGUCUACCUUAGACCUCCUAGUACUUUCCCUGAAGACAAAAUAUUUGCAAUAUUUUAUACCAUUGUUGCUCCUAUGUUCAAUCCUUUAAUCUACACCCUAAGAAAUACAGAGAUGAAAAACACCAUAAGAAAACUUUGGUGUCAAACAUUAUUUUUAUUUAAAUAUAAGACUUUUGAUUUAUAUAUACAUAUAGUGUAA